UCAGCGAAUCAAAGAGAGAAGCGGGGAUUUCGGUCUUCAGCGUAAAAAAGGAGGUUGCAUGUAAGCAAGGUGAGAAUCAUUUUGAGACGCUGGCCGGCUCGUGCUCGCAGGUUUUAAUUUAACGCAAAAUAAUUUGUAAAUUGUGCGUGCACCAUAUUUUUAAGUACCCCUACAUUCAUAGUUUGGAUUUCGACGAUAUUAUUAAUGGUUUUAAGAGACUUAUAAAGUUUUUCUCUUUUUUCCAUAUAAAAGAUGGCACCAAAUAAUACAGCAUCAAUAGAAGAAAGUGUUUCACCCAAAAAUGAAACGGAGCAAAAGACGGAACCGAAAUUCAAGACCGAAAUAGUGUAUACAAAUGUGCUGCUUUUUAUUUACCUACAUUUGAGUUUUGUGUAUGGAGUCUAUUUGGGUCUCACUACUGCCGAUUCAAAAACGGGCAUUUUUUCUUACAUCUAUGGCAAUAUUGCUGGUUUAGGCAUCACAGCUGGUGCGCACAGGCUCUGGUCUCAUCGUUCAUACAAAGCAAAACUGCCUCUUAGAAUUUUUUUAGUCAUCUUAAAUUCGAUCGCUGCUCAGAAUGACGUCUACGAGUGGUGCCGAGAUCACAGAGUGCACCAUAAAUUUACAGAAACUGACGCAGAUCCUCACAACAUUAAAAGGGGUUUCUUUUUCGCUCACAUGGGAUGGCUUAUGUGCAGAAAGCACCCAGCUGUUAAGGCUAAGGGAAAAGCUGUAUUCUUGGAUGACAUCUUGGCUGAUCCAGUUGUCCGCUUCCAAAGGAAAUUUUAUAUUCCCUUGGUGCUUUUGUUCAGCUUUUAUCUUCCAACCAUGAUACCAGUUUGGCUCUGGAACGAGACUAUCUGGAAUUCCUUUUUCGUUUCUUCCAUGGCAAGAUACUGCUUUAGUUUGAAUGUGACAUGGCUGGUAAACAGUGCCGCCCACAUGUUCGGUGAUCGGCCUUACGACAAGUUCAUAUGGGCAAGCGAAAAUCCUAUAGUGGCCUUCUUUGCCCACGGAGAAGGAUGGCACAACUACCAUCACGUAUUUCCUUGGGAUUAUUCAACAAGUGAAUUAGGCUACUCACUGAAUCUCACAAAGAUAUUCAUCGAUUUCAUGGCGUUGAUAGGGCAAGCUUAUGACUUGAAGACUGCUCAUCCGCAACUAGUAAAGAACAGAAAGCUGAAAACUGGUGACGGAACAAGAAUUAAAAGCUUGGAAAUGACAUCUAGUGAAUAUUGUGCGACCUCUUGAAUGUUUGGCUGAGCCAAAUGUUCUGGUAAGUCGCGUGAACAGUUCCUAUCUUGGCGUGAUUUUAUGAAUGAGGGUAGAAUAAUUCUUCGUCAGAAACACAUUAAGAAUUCUCGAAGAGAGAACUAUUUAUUUUUAGAAGUGUGACUACAUAGACUUUUUGUGCACUGAGUGCUUUUAGGUGUGUACAGUGAACUUUCUGCACUUUGAUGCUGAAAAUGUGUCAUUUUUCUUUGAUUGUAUUAUAUUUUUUCUCCAAUCAAUUCGUGUAAAAAAUAAAGCUUAAUUUUGAUUUUUAUAAAA